UUUAAUUUAAACAUACUAUUUUUCUUAAAUGUUUUUACAAUUUUAUUUUCAUUUUUCUCGAUUACUUUUAUGACUAACACGUUUCAGUCGGCACUGAUCAUAUUUUCCACAAAAUGAUUGUAUACGAUCAGAAUAUUCUACACAAAUAUAUUGUACACAAAAUAUUGUAUGUGGAAAUACUGCCCACAAGAAUUAACCUUGAAUUAAAUAUUGUACACGGAUAUAUUAUGCGUAGAAAAAUAAUUUACUGGACGCAGUUUUUCGACGUAUAAUUUUUUUGUGUACAAUAUAAUUGUGUAGAAUAUUCUAAUCGUGUACAAUUAUUUUGUGUAGGAUAUGAUCAGUGCCUUUCAGUCUAGUAUUACAUGUCGAUGACAAAAUCUUUGUUCUUUCGGCACUCUUGGCGAGUCGGUUUUGUCCAGAAAGUGUAUUUUGUUCACAAGAAACACACCACAUAGUGGUGAAUAAUAUUCAUUUUAAGAAUAAAAUAUGCUUUAUACAAAUCUAUUUAUUAUUGAUGUAAAAGAACAUUUUUAGUUUAGCACAGCAUUCAACAGUUAUGUCAAGGCAUAUAGCGUUCAAGAAUAGAAUUUACUUGCAGCAAGAUCCAUUUUUUUGUGUGUUGAUGACCGCGGUAAAUAAUUUUUUCGUUGAUGCAUUCAAGAUAAAACGAAUUGAUGGAAACGGCAUAAUGAGAUAAGACGGCCGCAGGAGGAUCAUAGACGCCUUGGAUAGUUUGACGUGCCUGCACGUCCCAACAAAAGUCGUAUAACGAUAGCUAUCGCUUUUUGUAAUGGCUUUUUUGUUAGGUGAUUAGGAUGGUGACACCCUGAGUUGGUACGUGACAACACCUAGAGAUCGCAGCCUGGAGUCACGUACUCCAGGUACAUACAUAUAUACGCAUAUUCAUUUUGUACGUGUGCGUUGCCCGUAUGUAUAUGUGUGCGUGUGGGUGCGUACACGCAUGUCAUGCGUGACUCUGGUCUUUCUAUUGUAAAAUUGUUAUACGCAGUAUCAAGCAGAAUUCAAAACGUGCGCUUGCUAAAGUGUUCAGAGAAGAAUAUUACUAUCCUGUCUACAAAAUAUCUUGUGUACCAAGGAGUUUUGAUGUAAUCAGCACUCGUUUGCAAAACGUCUAUUAGCAAGAAAAUAAUAGAAAAUGGAGGAGAUUCGUAUGCCAGUACAUAACUUGCCAUCGAUAGAGCACACCUUGCGUCCAAUAUCUUACACGUCUUGGUUCAUGGGCGUGGGGAUUGCACAUCCGCUAAAAUGUCCAAAGUUUGUGACGAUAAUCAUACGUAUCAUUCACUUGGUCAUAUGUACAAUGAUUCUAACACGGUCCAUUUAUAAAACCGGUUUGGAUUUUUCUAUGGAUUCAGUAAUACGAAUCGGCUGGCUCAUAGAGAGGAUGAUAUACUUCGUGGCGACAUAUUAUUACAUUUAUCACGGAAUCAGACAGUAUAACACGUGGCCAGAGCUGAUGGACAAAAUAAAGGAGCUUGAUCGAAAAAUCCGAAAAAAAACACACAUGAAUGAUGAACCAGUAAAAGUCAUGGAAGCAGUAGCGAUUCUUAUGACUUUUGUGUGUUUCCCUUUGAUCCCGAUUGUACUCUACCUAUAUGACUUUUUGACUUCAAAUUACGUUGCGAUUGAAAGUCGUCCUUUUUCUUACAUGAUGGCACAGUCGACGAUCAACAGCUUCUUCUUCGGUGUUGUCGUUUACGUGCUUUAUUACAGAUAUAAAAUGAUAAAUAAGAUGCUCGGUCAUUUGGAUGAGCUAUCUGAUGAGACAUUGAUCUCGCACAAAAUUAGACGCAUUAGAGAAUUACAUAACGGUAAGUUGUGUCGAAUAUUACUUGUUGUUUUGAAAUUAGAUAAUGUAAGUUCAUGUGGCGCGAAAUGCAGUUUUAUAGAGUCUACAAAUAUUGUGGUAAUAUUGAGAUGUGAUUUAGAAUUUUGUUAUGCAGAUAUUUAUGACCUAGCUAUUGUGAUAAGCAAUAUUCACGGUCUUUAUCUUCUUCUUUUCUCGGUAAAUUGCUUCUCUAUUGUAACGACUACACUAUACUUUGGGUACGUAUAUUUCAUAAAUAGUACCUAUGUGAGAGCAUUGAUAUAUUACAUGAUUUCGGUUGUGUACACUAUUCAAUUUGGUGUAAUUUGCUGGGUUUGCAAACUCGCGGGUCAAGAAUUCGAGAAAACCAAGACAAUUAUGUGCGCAAUUGCACUAAAGUACCAAUCUACGAAGUUUGAUAAACCGAACGAUAUCAGGAAUCAAUUGAGUUUAGAGGUACGACCGCCAUUGGAAGACGCGGACAGCGAGCAAAAUUUUAAUGGGAGUAACAGUGGCGAUUGGAAUUACGUUGUUAUGGAAAAUCUUUUGCGUAAAAUUUUGGCUCGGGAUCAUGUCAGUAACGAAAUUAAUGCCUUUUUUAUUCAACUGCAACAUCGUCGAGUAUCAUUUACGGCCUGCGAUUUCUUCGAAAUGAACAAUAAUCUGUUCUGUGGUUUCCUCGGAGUAAUCUUCACAUAUUUGAUAAUUUUCAUUCAAUUUGGUUUGUAACCCGAAGAUUUAAACAAAAACAGAAUGCAACUUGUACUGGUAAUUUAUGAUGAGUAUAUAUACAAAAAUAUUACUUGUUAAAAGAAAUUAUUGUUGUAAUAUUCUGUUCAUUUUCAAUAAAUUUAUUUUGUAUUAAUGAACGUGUAUAUUGUCGCAUAAAAAAACCAUGAAAAAUUUCUUUUUGUAAUACGUUAAAAGAACGGUUACUGAUUUAUAAAAAAAUCUU